GCAAGGCAUCAAGAGGACUCUCUACCGCCUUUUAAAAUUAAAAUACAAUUGAAUUCCAACGUUCGUGAAAGUGUUGCUAGCAUAUGGAACUAUGUCUUUAUCAACAAGGCCUAAAAGAAAAGCUGCGGCCAAGCCAGCAGUAAUUGUAGAUAUAUCCGACAGCGAUGAUGAUGAUUGCUAUAAUGAAGAAUCACCACAGAAAAGAGCUCGAACCACCAAAGUUGUCAUAACCAAGCCUCAACCUGUCUCCAAAGGAGCUACUAAAACUACUCGUAAACCUAGGACUACUAAAAAAGCAACUGCAGCAGAGAAAAAACAAUCCGACGAAAAUACACCACCUAAUGUUGUGAAUUGUGACAAUGACGGAAUUGUGGAGUCUUUGGAACUUACAGAAGAUCAGCCAGAUGGACAGACGCUAGCCAGACCGGAAGAACAAUUUAAUCAAGAUGAUUCUUAUCUAGAUCAGAGUUGUGAAGUCAGGCCGCAGAAAAUUCAGGGCAGAAGUAGCUUUUGGGCUCGUCGUAAAAUUUGGACCAUUGAUGAACUACUGGCGGAGACAACCAACAUUGAACCGAGAGCAGCUAAAAAUAUUGUGCAACUCUUUGAAAAUGAAAAUACCAUUCCCUUUAUAUGUCGCUAUCGUCGGGAUUUAAUCGAUCACAUACAACCGGAACAAUUGAGAGAAAUUAAGACCUGUUACACAGAAAUCGUUAAUCUGCGCAAAAAGGCCGAAACUAUUGUGACCACUUUGGAGAAAGAGAAUGUCAUUGAUGAAGAGAUACGUACAGAAAUGUUAUGUGCCAAAUCACCAGAAGAGUUGGAAUUUUUGUAUGCCCCCUAUAAAGCUGCCAGCAAAGGCUCACUGGCACAGAGAGCUAAAGCUUUGGGCUUAGAAGAAUAUGCUGAUCGUUUGUUAUACGGAGAACUGCCCCAUGUGCACUUGAAAAACAUCGUGGACAGCAAAAAUCCUGAUCUGGAUACUGAAGAGAAGGUUUUUAAUGGUAUAUGCCAUAUUAUUUCUCACAAUAUAAGCAAACAUACGGGAGUGCUUGAAGAAAUUAGAAGGCUCCAACGUGUGCAUCGGAUUACCUUAAAAACUUCUAAGCUCAAAGAGCCUUCGGCCAAAACUAAGGCAACAAAAAAUCCAAAAUCUUCCACUUCUACCGAGGCAGCUGCCGGUGGCCAUCAUGGCAGUAAUAAAAAUGAUGCUUCCAAAUAUGAAAUGUACUAUGACUAUUCCAAUGAUGUACGCUUUCUUAAACCUCAUCAAGUUUUGGCCAUCAAUCGGGCUGAGAAAAUGAAAUUUCUAACGGUGAAGAUAAUGGUAAACGAUUAUUUUCGCAACGAAUUGGAACGUUAUGUGCGUUCCAUAUUUAUGGAGGAUGGGGUCAAAUAUCCAUUACGUUUGGAGAUAUUCAACAAGUCCUUUGAGGAAUGCUACAGCAAGAAAUUACAACCUUUGAUCUCUCGCCAAAUAAGAUCUGAUCUCAAUGAAUCGGCGAAAAAGGCUUCAAUUGAUGUAUUUGCCAAAAACUUGAAACAGUUGUUGUUAAUGUCACCUUUAAAGGGUGAAAAAAUUUUGGGUAUAGAUCCUGGAUUUGCCAAUGGUUGUAAAUAUGCCUUGAUUUCGGAAACUGCAGAUGUUUUGGAAACUGGAGUACUUUAUCCACACAGACGAAAUUCAGAUCCUGAAGAAUGGGGUGAAAAAUUGGCCAAAAUUCUUAAAAGACACAAAUGCCACCUUAUAGCCUUAGGCAAUGGCACUGCCUGUCGUGAAACUGAAUUUUGGCUAUCGAAGCUUUUUGAGUUGGGUAUUCUAGAUGCUCAACAAGUUCGCUAUAGUAUAGUAUCGGAACAGGGUGCCUCUAUAUACUCAUGCAGUGAAGUGGCAAAAAAAGAAUUUCCCAAUAUGGAUAUGAACGAAAUAAGUGCCGUUUCCAUUGCCCGGCGUCUCAAUGAUCCGCUAAGUGAAUAUGUGAAAAUAGAACCAAGACAUAUUGGUGUAGGCAUGUAUCAGCAUGACAUCAAUGAAAAACAUUUGACGGAAUCUUUAAUUGAAGUUGUCUCCGAAUGUGUGAGUUAUGUAGGUGUGGACAUCAAUACAGCGAGCAUAACAGUUCUCAAACACAUUGCCGGUCUAUCGGCAAAGAAAGCUGAAAAGAUACUACAGUAUCGUGCUGACAAUGGUCCAUUUCGAACUCGAAAAGAUUUGUUGCAGGUCAAGACUAUUGGAGAAAAGACAUUUGUUCAGUGUGCAGGUUUCAUACGAAUUGAUCCUCAUAGUUUAGGAGGUCGCAUUGAGAAUCUCUUAGAUUGCACUUGGGUACAUCCGGAGAGUUAUACAGUGGCCAAAAAGAUUAUUUCCAAAUGUAAAUUACAAGUAGAUGAUAUUGGCUCGCCGGAUUUUAUUCAGAAGAUUGGAAACUAUGUUCGAACAAAUAAUAUAGAUGAAUUGGCCAAAGAAUUUAAAACACCCAAAGAAAGAUUGGAUGUGGUAUUCCAAGCCUUACAACGUGAACUGUUUAAGGAUUAUCGUACGGAUUUUGACAAAAAGCCUCUAUUCAAGCAAGGGCUUACCCGUAUCACGGAAUUAUCAGAGUGUGAUGUACUCACUGGGGCCGUGACCAAUAUAACACACUUUGGAGCAUUUGUUGAUGUUGGUAUCGAAUGUGAUGGUCUAAUACAUGUAAGCAAAAUGGGUAAAACCAAGCUUAACAUUGGAGAUCGUGUUACCGUUUCGGUUGUAUCAAUAGAUGUUCAGCGCAAACGCUUGGGUUUACGCUUGGAAGAGAUGCUUUUGGAGACAGAUACUUCGUUUACAUUCGCCUAGUUGUAGGUGCGCUAGACUAAGAUUAAAUAAAACACACAAAAAUGUUUGGUUAUUUUUGGAAGAA